AUGUUUGAAGUGCAUGAUGAUAUGUCCCUCUCAGCACGUGGUGCUGACGGAGUUGGGUCUCCCCUCAUCUGGCCCCCGGUCUUCGUUCUCCGCGUUAGUGGAUUGUUGCCUUCUUCAACAGUACUAGUACUGCAUACGAUGUUGACGAGGUACUAUCCUACCUGUGUUGUCGUACUGCUCAAAAGAAGCAAACGACGUGGACGCAUCAAGAAGUAGCACGCUGCUUGGUUUAUACUCCCUCCUCAACGGCACCAGAACAUUGUGUACCCGACGACAUGACUCACACCUCGAAGGAUGAGUUACCUCGGUCAAUGAAAGCGCACGUUCUCGAAAAGUUCAACACGCCCUACGCGUUACGGGAGGUGGCCGUGCCGAGCAUUGAGGAUCAGCAUGACAUACUCAUCCGCGUAGAUGCGGCGUCCUACUGCCACACCGACGCCGUACUGGCUGCUGGCCAAUUGGGCCCAGAGUCGAUGCUGCCGCACGUGGGGUGUCACGAGUUCGCAGGCACGGUGGUUGCUUUGGGCAGUGAUGUUCAAGCUUACCAGGUUGGCGAUCGCGUCGCCGUGCGAGGACGAGGAUACCAUGUUUGUGGGAAGUGCAUGGAAUGUAUGAAUCCUUCGGGCUUGGACCCCGAUGAGCCGGGAUACUCUGUCUACUGUCCCUACGUUGAACGGGGAUUGGGCGUAGGGCCAGGCAGACACGGUGGGUUCCGCGAGUAUGCUCUUGUCGACUCACGACAGGUUGCGGGUAUUCCGGAGGGGAUGACGGCUGUCGAAGUCGCGCCUUUGAUGUGUGCCGGGUUGACUGUCUAUUCGGCGCUGAGGAACUGUGAGCUCAAGCCUGGGCAGAGAGUUGCGAUCAUGGGGUGUGGUGGUGGACUGGGACAUCUGGGGUUGCAGUUUGCUGUUAAAAUGGGGUUGAAUGUCACGGGCGUGGAUGUUGCGCCUGGGGCGCUGGAGCUGGCGAGAGAGGUAGGGACUGGGAUAGGAGCGAGGAUCGUUGAUGCGAGGACUGAGAGCGCUGGGGAUGUCAGAAGGGCGAUUGGGCAGGAGGACGGGAGAGAGCAUCUAGCUGAGAUGGGGGUUGAUGCUGUGCUGAUUCUGCCGGAGAGUCAGAGGGCGUUCGACUAUGGGGUGGAGUUGGUUAGGAAUGGUGGGAUCGUUGUCGUUGUGUCGUUUCCCAAGGAUGGGUUCCAUGUUGCGGCAAGUGAUCUGGUGUUUAGAAGGAUUCGUGUUAUUGGGUCGCUGAUCGGGUCGAACAAGGCUAUGAGGGAUAUGUUUGAGUUUUGUCGACGAGAGGGAGUCAAGGCCAAGGUUAAGACGUAUGCUUUUGAACGGUUGAACGAGCUUGUUGAGGAUUAUCACAAGGGUGUCGCCGGGAAGUUGGUGCUCGACCUAGGGAUGAAGGAGUGACUGGUAUCCUCCUUUGUGACGAAACCGCGGGCAUGGUGAA